AAACCAUAUAAUCAGAGCCAAGCGAUCACUGCUUCUCCGCUUCAGAGUUCAUUGUCAUCCGUGGUAAUGGAUUAUCUUCUCUGGAAGCUUUUGCCUCUAUUAGCACUACUCGUCUCCUUCGUAGCCUUCUUUUUCUUACAGGAUUCCUAUGUGGCCCACUUGCUUCAGUUGAAAAAGCCACGCGGUGAAGAGUGUAGCUUUCAUCCCUAUCGCCAUUACUGGAUAUCCAGCAAACGUAUUGUGACCCCACAAGGGGUUAUUUCUGGUUCAGUGGAGAUAAAUGAAGGGAAGAUUGCGUCCAUUGUUAAAGGAGAUAGUAAGCAAGGAAAUCAUAUGCAUCAACAAGUAAUUGACUAUCGAGAUGCUGUGGUUAUGCCUGGCCUAAUUGAUGUACAUGUUCAUCUUGAUGAGCCAGGAAGAACUGAAUGGGAAGGAUUUUUUACCGGGACAAGAGCUGCUGCUGCUGGUGGUGUAACAACAGUGGUUGACAUGCCUCUAAAUAAUCACCCAACAACAGUGUCUAAGGAUACGCUGAAACUUAAGCUUGAGGCUGCUAAGAAGAAACUCCAUGUUGAUGUUGGUUUCUGGGGAGGUCUAGUCCCUGAAAAUGCACUUAAUACGAGUAUUUUGGAAGGUCUCUUGAGUGCUGGAGUUCUUGGGGUCAAGUCUUUCAUGUGUCCUUCAGGGAUUGAUGACUUUCCUAUGACAACUAUUGAUCACAUCAAGGAGGGACUGCCUGUGUUGGCCAAGUAUAGAAGACCUCUACUUGUGCAUGCUGAGAUUCAACUAAAUUCAGGACAUAAUUUGGAACUCAAAGAUGAUGAUGAUCCUCGUCAUUACUCAACCUAUCUCAAGACUAGGCCACCUUCAUGGGAGCAGGCAGCUAUUAGAGAACUGGUGGGUGUUACAAAGUAUACUGGAAGUGGUGGUCCUUUAGAAGGAGCACAUGUUCAUAUUGUUCACUUGUCUGAUUCAAGUGCUUCCUUAGAUAUGAUUAAGGAAGCAAAACGUAGAGGUGACAGCAUUAGCGUUGAGACAUGCUCGCAUUACUUAGCUUUCUCAUCUGAAGAGAUAAAAGAUGGAGAUACUCGUUUUAAGUGUUCCCCACCUAUCCGUGGUGCAUCCAAUGGAGAAAAAUUAUGGGAGGCUUUGCUGUACCAGAACUCAAGCUUCUUGAUGAGGGUAACUUCUUGAAGGCUUGGGGUGGCAUAUCAUCUUUGCAGUUUGAUCUUCCGAUAGCAUGGUCAUAUGGACAAAAACACGGAGUAACUCUGGAACAACUAU